GUGGCUUACAUGAUCAAUACUUUACCCAUAUACUACGAAAACUCAAAUAAACUUAAAAUAAGCUUUUUAUUUUGCUUGUUUCAGAUAAAAUUAUAUAUUAUGUACAAUGGUCUAAUAGAAGCAAAUUAUAGAUCCAAAAUCUACGCCUUCAUUGCAUAUUCCUUUUGCUGUUAUUCAGUCAUGUUAGUGACUGUUAUUAUUGGAGUGAUAUAUGCUUGUUAUGUUUAUAUAUGGAAGAAAAAAGAGGUACAAAAUCAUUGUUUCAUUAGGCAGAUCUUAAUUGCUAUCAAUCGAAUAUAUAGUUUACCAGAACCUAUUUUACAAUAGCAUAAUUUCGGCAUGCACUUUCUCUUAAUAUAUAUAACAGUUGCGCAAAUGCUU